CGAGCGAGGGGAGGGGUGACCGGGCCGAGGUCACUUCCGGGUUACCAAGCGGCCGUUGCUAUCACGCGCGGCGCCGCUUCCGGUGGGGAGAAUGGACGAGGACGGGCUGCCGCUGGUCGGCUCCGGGAUCGACCUGACCCGGGUCCCAGCUAUCCAGCAGAAGAGAACUGUGGCAUAUCUGAACCAAUUCAUUGCCCACACUGUUCAGUUUCUGAAUCGUUUCUCAACAGUUUGCGAAGAGAAACUGGCUACUCUUUCCCUUCGGAUCCAGCAGAUUGAAACUACACUUAAUAUUUUGGAGGCAAAGCUUUCGUCAAUACCUGGCCUGGAGGAUGUCACAGUAGAGGCGACGAGCCAGAGUCAGCAUAUUUCAAAUGGCUCACCUUCUGACCAACAGCAGCCAUCCCCAGUGGAGGUCCAAAAAAAUGUGGAAUCUUCAGCUCAAGUUAAAGCAGAUUCACCAAUCGAAAAUGCUAUUACUGUAGCGAAAGACCCUCGAUACGCACGAUACCUGAAGAUGGUGCAAGUGGGUGUUCCUGUAAUGGCGAUAAGGAACAAGAUGAUUUCUGAAGGACUCAACCCUGAUCUAUUAGAGACCCCAAAUGCCUUGGUCCCAGAUGGAGUUAAGGAGGAUGAAGGAGACAGUUCUGGCAGCGAGUCGUCAUUCAGUGACUGAAGGUGGAGUGUGUGUGGAUGCCGAAUUUGAUGAAGAGUAGUUGGAAAGGAUUGUGCAUAUUGUAUUUGUGCCACUUCCUUUCCUAUAUUGAAAACUUAGCAUGCUCUUAUUAAUUACAGCUGUGUCACUGGCAUAGGGCUGUCUAGCUGUAACACUCACAGCCAGUGUAAAUCAAGACACAGUCUGUUAUUUCAUUCUCAUGUGUAUAUUAUGUUACCAUCACUUUUUCCUGUAAUUCUGAAACUCUUUUGGCCUGCUCCUCUGCACAGCUCAGGGCCUGGAGCCAUGUUGUUUUUCUUUUCCCUGUCAUUGUACUUGCUCGUGAGUAAAUGUGGGAAACUUU